AAAAUAAAUAAUUUUAAAAAUUUUUUAAAUAAAAUUAAAUUUUUUAAAAAAAGAUCAAAAGAGUAAUAAGACAAAAGAGCAAUACCUUAGAUAAGGAAGCUGAGGCCCGGAGCAGUACCUGCUUUAUGCCCAAGGCCUUCAGGUAGAAAGUGACGGAUCUUCUGGCUCUCGGUUCAGCGCGUAUCCCUCCCCGCCAUUUCACAGCUUGCCUAAGACGAGACAAAUACCGGGUCCCCCAGCCGGCCCGGUGAAGCGCCCUGCACCUCGUCUGCCGGGGGCUGAGCCGCCGGGAACCUCCCCGCGUCUCCAUGGCGAAGCGUCGCAAAGCAGCCGCGCAGCACCCAGCCCGGCUGGUGCGAGAGGCCCAGCGACGGCCUCUUCUAGCAAGAAUGGCAGAGCCUGGGGCCGAGGCUCCGUGUCCUUCUCAAUGCGGCCACAAGAUCCUGCCAACAGGUGAUACCGAUCUGGAUUCCUACGCCACCAUGACGAAGACUGCGUUCACACCUAAGACAGGAGCAGUGCCUGCUUUAAUUCGUCAGAAAAGUACCAGAAGAUUAGGAUAUACAUAUUCACUUAGUUAUCCUGUUCCCAACCAGACACAGUACAAUGAUGAGUAUGUUUGGAAAUCAUAUUCUAAAGAAGAUUUGAUCAACAUUGGAACCUCAAGAGGAAUCAAGGACCACAAAUCUUAUUACCCCAGUCAAUUGCUCUCCUUCUGUGCUGGUCCAUCCUGGUCCACAUGCACCAGCCCCUCAAGACCCUUCUCAACGUGGCUCCUAACUUUCCUCUCCUGCUUCACCUUCAGCCAGUCCCCGCUUCCCUGCGUUCCUCACUCGCACCAACUAGACCCUCAAAAGAUUAAGCAACAUUCUCAGAUGUUUCUGGAAUGGAAAAACUUACUUCCCCGACCAGCAGACACUGAAUCUCGAUGGAAUUACCAAAUUCCAGCUAAAAUUCCUGAGCUUCAGGAUUUUAGUUUCAAAUAUGGAUGUUACUCAAGCCUACCCAUUGCUUCUCAGGGUCUAGAAUCCUGGUGCCGUCUUCCAUCUCCCCAGCCUCCAGAGUCAUGGGACCCUGUUACCGACACACAUCCUGCAUCUCCAUUCCCACUACCAUCUUGCUUCAGGCCCUCUGCAAUUCUCUCCGAGACUCCUGCAAACGGUCUCCGUCCCUCUCCAUCUCUCACCUUCGUGCUGCAGAGAGAAUGGUCCUACGACGUCUUGUUAAGGUGGCUUUUCAUUUUCUUAAGGACAAAAUCCAGCCUCCUAAGUAUGGCAUACACUAGAUACACGGGGGUCAAGAUUGUUUGACUUGCUCUGUCUCUUCCUGGAAGGCACUGCCCCUCUAGUCUGCCUGGAAAACUAAUACUUAUCUUUCCAGUGGCUUCUCCCUUGAGAAGCGUCUCCCCACCCUGACCUCUCCAGCCAGCGUUAAGUGCUUCCUCUCUGUGUAGUUCCAGGGCUCCAACAGACCUGCUGCUUAUCAGAGUGUUAAAAUUACUGGCUCACCUGUCUGUCCUCUGUUUUGUCUUCAUAGCCCCAGCGUCUAGCCCAAUAUCUGGUAUAGGUCAAGCACUUAAUAAAUGCUGAUCGGGCUUCCCUGGUGGCGCAGU